AUGAGAGCUGAGUAUGGUUUAAAUAUGGGUUAUCAACAAGCUUGGAGAUCAAGGGCUAAAGCAAGGGAGAGCAUAGCUGGAAAACCAAUUGAUUCAUACAGUUUACUACCAAGUCUUAUACCUUUUAUAGUAGUCGCUGGAACUUUCUUAAGUUCAUGUUCAAAAGGAAUGCUUUUAUCUGCAGUAACUCAAGAUGGUUGUGGUAAAUAUUUUCCACUAGCUUACUCCAUAGUUGAUUCAGAAAAUAACCAGUCAUGGGAAUGGUUCUUCCAUAGGAUGAGAGACUGUUUUGGAACAAGAGAGGAAUUAUGUAUUGUUUCUGACAUACAUGAUAGUAUUAGCAGACCAAUUAAAAUUGCGUAUCCUGAAGCAUUUCAUGGGAUAUGCAUUUAUCAUUUGUUGAACAAUGUUAGAGGAAAAUUCAGAAAAGAUUCUGAAAACAUUCGCAUUCAUUUCAUUUCAGCUGCUAAGGCAUACACAGAAGAAAAAUUCAGGUUCCACAUGACACAGCUUGAUAAUAUUGAUGCAGGGAUAAGGAAAUAUCUUACUGAUGUUGGAUUUGAUAAAUGGGCCAGAACUGAGUCAAAUCACAACAGAUAUUGCACAAUGACUUCAAAUAUUGUUGAAUCAAUGAAUCCUGUUAACAAGGCAGCAAGGAGUCUACCUGUGUGUGCAUUGCUUGCAUUCUUGCGUGCUACCAUACAAGAUUGGCAUCACAAAUAUAGGACGCUGGCAAAGUCAACAACAUCAAUCUUAACAAGGAAAGCAGAUGAAAAUUUAAAGAAAAAUUACAUUGCCUCGCUGCCAUUAAAGGUUGUCCCUCUUAAUGAUUUUGAUCACGAUGUGCAUGAUAUGGCGAUUAUUUACACAGUUAACAUAGAAAAAAAGACAUGUACGUGUAGAAGAUUUCAACUUGAUGGGAUUCCCUGCAUUCAUGUUGUAGCAGUCUUCAGAUUUUUGAAAUGUGAUCCAAUUCAAUAUUGCUCAACAUAUUUCUUGAAUGAAACAAUGACGAAGACAUACAGUCAGACUAUCUACUCAAUUGGAAUUCCAAGUUCAUGGACUGUACCGGAAUUUGUGAAAGAAAUAAAUAUUUUACCACUAAAAGAGAAACCAAAAGCAGGAAGGCCCAAGAAGACUAGAUACAAGUCCUACAGAGAAAAAUUGUCUACUAACACAUGCUCUAAAUGUAAGAAAAAUGGUCACAACAAGAAGACAUGUAUUGCUGGAGCAAUUAUUUUUCAUUAA